UGUUGCCAUGCAUACGUUCUUAUCAAAUUAUUUCAUCUUAUUCUUAUCAUUUCUGCAAGUAUUCUUGCAAAAUGCAAUAGUAAUAGCAUUUGAUGAAAGUGCGGAAAUUACAACAGCUCAUUUUGGUGAUCCAAAACGUGGGCGUAUGUCAUGGAUUAUUGACGAGAAUACUUUACCAUGGAUUGGACAGUAUUACUAUAUUGAGUCACCACAAUCACCAUUUACCAAUUUGUUGAGUGUAGUUGACAGUUCAAAUGGUAACCAUCUUGGCAAUUGCGCAUCAUACGCUCCACGAGAUAAUAAAUGGCGAAGGUUUUUCUGGACACUUACAACGGAAUCAUUAAUUUGUAAUAUUACCGAUAGUGAAGCAACAAUUUCAAAAAUUCAUUUUCCUUCUAUCAGUUCACCACGAACAUUUUCCAUACGUAUUCUUGCUCAACAAGGACCAAAAUGUUUCCGUGAUAUGAUUGUACAAAAUGAAAAAUUAGAAGGUUGUCCACCAAAAUUGCAACGUAAUUUUUUCCAAGGAAUGUCAUUGGAAUGUAACUGUUCAGUACUUACAAUAAAUGCUCAUAUGAGAAGUGGUAUUGCACCGUUUCAUUUUGUCAAUCCAAGAAUUACCUCAUCAGACGGGAAAUUAUCGAUUUCCCGCGAUUUUUCUCGCGUUAUACCGGGAAAUAUUAGCAAUUUAAAUCCUAUUAAAACUGCUACUGAAAUAAUACCAGGAAUUACUAUUACUGCUACAACUUCCACUAUUACUACUGUAAUUACCACUACUACCGCUGCUAUUAUUACUACUACCGCUACUACUACUACUACUACUGAAAGUAUCAAAAUGACAGUAACAACAAAAGAAUUCGGAAGGAAUUUACCAAUUGAUAUUCAACAAAAUAGUGAAUUGAUAUCACCUAUUAUACAAGAAUCAUUUGUAUCAGCAGUAAAUCAUGAGCUCUUAUCACCGUUAUCACCAUCAUCAACAACAUCAUCAUCAUCAUCAUUAUCAGAUAUGAUAAGAAUUAAUGAGCAAGCCUGUAUGGGUAUUCAAUGUCAAAAUAAUGAUGGAUUUGUUGGCUCACAGUGUGAAAUAAACUUAUGCGCUAAUGUGCAAUGUAUGCAUAACGGUAUUUGUCAAGUAAAAAAUAAUGUGCCACAUUGUCAAUGUCAACCAGGUACUACUGGGACAUUUUGUGAACAGCUUAUUUGUAAUCCAAAAUGUGAACAAGGUGGUAUUUGUGAGCUGAAAGGUAAUGUACCGGUAUGUCGAUGUCCAACAGGCACAUUUAGUAUUAACUGUAAUAUUAUUGAUACGUGCAUUACCAACCGUGAAGCAUGCCUUGAAUAUGGCAGUAAUGCUCGAUGCCAAUUGGAUUCCGAUAAUUUUGCGCUAAUUUCACCGGUUUUAGUCAAUGCCACGUACAAAUGUCUUUGUCUGAAUGAACAAUCCGAAUGGUUUGAUUGUAAAGAAUUACCGCGAAGAAUUCAUGUUCCAUCAGUACAAACUAACAUUACAUCUACAAUGAGCAUACCAAUUCCGGAUGUUGUAACAUCGGCAAUACAUCAAGAAAUACCGGAAAAAUCUCAAUCAACUCAACACAUUGCUCCAAUUUUUCAAAAUCAUCCACAUUUUUCAAACUUAUUUCCGAAUCCCUUUCAAAACUUAUCACCUUUUACGAACACGACAACGAUAACAACACCCUCUUCCAUCAAUCCUGAUGCAAAUUUCCAUCCAUCUGAUGAAUCCGGAAUGAAUAUAUCAGCUGCUUUAAAUAGACCCAUAAAAUUAUUUCCGGAAUUGCAACCAACAGUUCGUGAACCAGAACUGUCAGGAAUCGAUACCGUAACUCGUAUCCCAAUCUUGACAACAAUAUCACCGCUGUUUAUUACUCAAAAAUCAUUUUUACAAUUUCAUCAUCUUUUUAGCAUACCUCCGGAAUUUCCAAAAUCCGAAAUAGCAACAACGACAGCGGUCACUUUAUCAGGACAUCCUGAAUUUGAUGGUCCUGUUAAAUCUACUGAAUCAAUUGCUGGAAUAUCUCUGAAUGCAACUGAUGAAAAUUUCGAUGAAAUGUCAAAUGAACUGAAGAAUGUGAAUGUAACUAUUGAAUCAUCAUUUCCAUCAUCAUUUGAGGAAUUUCCUGCUAUGACAUCAGCAUCAAAAAUGAUGAUCAAUAAUACCUCAAUCAUUCCAUUGUCCACAUUCUCUGAAUUUGUAACCACUAUGUCACCAAUUUCCAUAUCAACAACGGUAAUUAUUGAUGGUGACAGUAAUGUAGCACAAAUUGAUUCAUUAAUACCAAUUGGAUCAGAAACGGAUGGAUCAAUUUUCGUUUCUAAAAUAAAUGAAAUAAUCGAGGAAAGUAAUUUAUCUAAUCAAUUACUACUUUCAACUACAACAACAAGCCUUUCGUCAACAUUUAAAAUUGAUGAGGAAGAAGAAAUCAUCGAAGACGAAAAUUUGGAUUAUUCACAAAGUUUUACAAAAUCAACCAAAGAAAUGGAACAGGUUAAAAUCUUUAAAAAAAAAAUACCAAACUAG